ACUUGUUGGCUCGAUGAUGUCGCGAUAACUUGCCUGAAUGCAGAAAUGUAAUAUAAACAUUUUCCAGAGCAUCACAGCCGGACAAGAAUAUAACAAUAUAGUCGUUACCAGUAAAACCGAGCCUCUUCCUAGAGUGUCGCGCAACCUAGUGCGCAUGCGUGUGUGGGUGCCAUGAAGGUAAAGGUGAUCUCCAUCCUGGAGGACAACUACAUGUACCUGGUGAUUGAAGAGCAGAGUAAACAGGCCAUAGCUGUGGACCCUGCCGUACCACAUCGGCUGCUAGAAAUAGUGAAGCGAGAGGGCUUGUCUUUGGUGGCUGUUCUCACCACACACCAUCACUGGGACCAUGCUCGGGGGAAUGAGGCUCUGGUGAAGGAGGUUCCUGAACUGAGGGUGUAUGGGGGAGAUGAUCGGAUCGGGGCUCUGACUGAUAAAGUCACCGAUGCUCAGGAACUGAAGUUUAACUCCAUCAAUGUGAGGUGCCUAUUUACUCCCUGCCAUACCUCUGGUCACAUGUGCUACUUUGUUUGGGAGGAUGAGUGCACUGACGCCCCUGCUGUGUUCACAGGGGAUACGCUGUUUAUCGGUGGAUGUGGACGGUUUCUUGAGGGUACGGCACAACAGAUGUACCACAAUCUCACCCAGGUGCUGGGCUCCCUACCUCAAGACACGAAGGUGUUCUGUGGACAUGAGUACACCAUUAAGAACCUGAAGUUUGCCAUGCUGGUGGAGCCAGAGAAUGAGAAGGUUAAAGAGAUGCUGAGCUGGGCCAGGGCAAGAGAUGAUGAUGACAAACCCACAGUGCCAUCCACCCUAAUGGAGGAGUUUGAAUACAACCCUUUCCUUCGCCUCUCGGAGGAAGGAGUGCAAAAGUUCACAGGGAAGACGGAUCCGGUGGAGGUGCUGAGGGUCCUGCGGAAGGAGAAGGACAAAUUCAAGAAGCCCAAGGAGAGACUUCCUCCCCAUGCCAUGUUGGCUUUAGAGUGGGGGCUCCUUAGACCCUGAAAUCCAGUUUCAAAGCUCUGAACUCCGGACGUGCUCAGCCAACGAGUAGGAACGGUGUGAAUGAAUAACUGAAUGCAGCAAGACACAAAACUGCAUUUUGUUGCUUUUACCCUAAAUUUAACUCAUUUAUACUGUUGGGGGGCCUCAUUGACCUUCAUGGGCAUAUAUAUUAUUUUAGAAAUGUCUGCACAAAAGGCCAGUAUAAAGCUGCUUCCAUUAAAUAUAAACUACAUUCAUUUAAGGGCUGGUCUCCCAGUCUGUUAUGCACAAACUAACUACACCAUGUCACAUCUGCUAAUACAGAUUCCUAAUGAAAAAACUUGUAAACUGUCUGUCUCACUGUGUCUAGUUUAUUUAUGGUAACUGGUGUUGGGAGAAAGAUAAGCUUCAUUUCUUUAUGAAUUAUUUAUAUCAGAAUGUUUCUUUUCCCUGAUAUAAUAUGCACCUUUUUCUCUCAGUGCUGUAUUGCUGUAAUGUUUUAUUUCCUGUCACUGCCAGUGCAUUUUACCUACGUUGUAAGUUCAUGCUAACGCUCUCAUAUAACUUUUUGACUCAUUUCAAUUUGGACAUACUAUUUUCUACAAUGGCUCUCUUGCUUGCUUUUGCAGUCAAAAGCUACAAAUUUAAUUUACCAUCAAAACAAUUCAAGUGAAUUUGUCACAUACUGUUGACUGCACUUUGUAAACACUAUUUUGGAGCAGGAAUCUGAUAUGUUAUUGCUCAUAAACUGCACAUGGGAGGAGAAAACAUGCAGUGUACAUCAUUAUGAAUGUAAAUUGCUGCUUUUCAAGUUUGCGAGAGCUUAUAACUGUACAGCAAUAAAACAUGAUUCUGAAUCUA